UGGGAGCGUUUACUCUCUUGAGUGUGUCUAGUAAUUUGGAGGAGGCGCUGAGGCCAUUUCGUUCACUUAAUAGAGAAACCGGAGAUCAGGGUCCCAGAGUAACUGUAACCAGAGCUCAGCAAACAUUUACACACUCACCACUAAGAGGAAACAAGACGGAGAAAAACAAGUGGAAACGGAAAGAACUUAAAACACUAAAUUCUCCGAAGAUUUAUCGAGUUUAUAAAACAAAGUCAUUUUCGUGUAAUAGUUCAUCAGUGAUUAUGUGUUGAAUGUUGAAGAGCGGUCUAUGAGACAGCUGAUCUCUGGUGCAAAGACGCGUGUUUUGGAGGUGCCAGGGAUUUGAUCAAGAGAGCCCGAAUAGAGUCUGCAAAAGAUGGGUUGGAAAAGUCAUUUAAACAGUGGGGCUGUGUAUGUUCUGGUGCUUUGGCUUGGAUGUGUGUUGCCUCUGUGCAGGACUCGGAUGUACACGAACCACUGGGCUGUGAGAAUAACUGGAGCUUCUCAGGAUGCGGACAGGAUAGCUGAUAAAUACGGUUAUAGAAACAUGGGACAGAUUGGAGACUUGAAGGAUUACUACCAUUUUUUCCAUAGAAGAACAAUAAAAAGGUCAACGCUUUCUAGCAGGGGAACACAUAACUUCAUUUCAAUGGAACCAGAGGUGGAAUGGAUAGAGCAACAGGUGGUUAAAAGGAGGAUAAAAAGGGAUUAUAAAGCCAGCCCUCCUCAACCCAUGUAUUUCAAUGAUCCUAAGUGGACAAGCAUGUGGUAUAUACACUGCAGUGAUGACACCCACAACUGUCAGUCUGACAUGAAUAUUGUAGGAGCGUGGAAGAGAGGUUACACUGGUAAGAAUGUUGUGGUCACCAUUCUAGAUGACGGGAUUGAGCGGAACCACCCAGACCUAAUUGAGAAUUAUGACUCGCAGGCCAGCUUUGAUGUCAAUGGAAAUGAUUAUGAUCCAAUGCCUCGAUAUGACGCCAGCAAUGAAAACAAGCAUGGAACCCGUUGCGCUGGAGAAGUGGCAGCCUCUGCUAACAAUUCACACUGCACAGUAGGAAUUGCUUAUAAUGCCAAGAUUGGAGGUGUGCGUAUGCUGGAUGGUGAUGUCACCGACAUGGUGGAAGCAAAGUCCCUCAGCCUGCAGCCACAGCACAUUGACAUCUACAGCGCUAGCUGGGGGCCGGACGACGACGGGAAGACUGUUGACGGACCAGCAUCACUUGCCAGACAGGCUUUUGAGAAUGGUAUCAGACUGGGAAGAAAGGGCCGGGGCUCAAUUUUUGUCUGGGCUUCGGGAAACGGAGGGAGAAGCCGGGAUCACUGCUCCUGCGACGGCUACACCAACAGCAUCUACACCAUCUCUAUUAGCAGCACGGCAGAGAGCGGCAAAAAGCCUUGGUAUCUGGAAGAAUGCUCCUCCACUCUAACUACCACCUACAGCAGCGGAGAGUCUUAUGACAGGAAAAUCAUUACAACAGACCUGAGGCAGCGUUGCACAGACAGCCAUACAGGAACGUCUGCCUCGGCGCCCAUGGCAGCGGGAAUCAUAGCACUGGCACUGGAGGCCAAUCCAUUCUUGACAUGGAGGGAUGUACAGCACAUUAUUGUAAGGACCUCAAGUGCUGGCCAUCUGAGCGCACCAGAUUGGAAAACCAAUGCAGCUGGUUAUAAGGUGAGCCAUCUUUAUGGGUUUGGACUGAUGGACGCAGAGGCCAUGGUAAAGGAAGCUGAGAGGUGGAAAGCUGUGCCUACUCAGCACAUAUGUGUGGAGAGUGCAGACAGGCAAAUAAGAACUAUUCGUCCAGAGAAUGUUGUCAGAUCAGUAUACAAAGCUCCUGGCUGUGCUGAUAAUUCCAACCACCACGUCAUCUACUUGGAGCACGUUGUGGUGCGGAUCACCAUUACUCACCAUCGCCGUGGAGAUCUGUCUAUUUACCUGACCUCUCCCUCUGGAACAAAGUCCCAGCUCUUAGCAAACAGGUUAUUUGAUCAUUCAAUGGAAGGCUUUAAGAACUGGGAAUUUAUGACCACUCACUGCUGGGGAGAAAAGGCUGCUGGAGAUUGGAUCCUUGAAAUCUAUGAUACCCCUUCACAACUCAGAAGCCAUAAAACACCAGGGAAACUUAAGGAGUGGUCUCUGGUUCUUUAUGGGACCUCUGUUCACCCGUACUCUCCACGCUUUGCUCCUCCGAAAGUAGAGAAGCCCCGUUCACCAGUGGAGACCACCACACCGGACUACAGUGAAUACACUGGACCUUGUGACACAGAAUGUAGCGACGGUGGCUGUGACGGACCAGGCCCUCAUCAGUGCAUUGACUGUUUGCAUUACUUCCUGAAAUUUAAAAACCACACAAGGACCUGUGUUUCUGAAUGUCCAUCCGGGUUCUUCAGAGAUGAUAAGAGGCGUUGCAAGAAGUGCUAUUCCCUGUGCGACACGUGUGUGGGUAGCCGCAGUGACCAGUGCACUUCCUGUAAGCUUGGCUACCACCUGAAUGAAGAAACAUACAGCUGUGUCUCCAGCUGCCCCGAGAGCUUCUACCUCGACAAAGAAGUAAACAUGUGCAGGAAGUGUAAUGAACAUUGUAAAAAAUGCACUGGGUUUCAGACCUGUACAGAAUGCAGACCAGGCAUGAGUUUACAGGGAUCGAAAUGCUUGAUUACAUGUGAUGCUGGAACAUACUACAACGCCUAUAGAAAGGAAUGUGAGAUCUGUCAUAAAGCUUGUGCUGCAUGUGCAGGCACAGGUGCAGAGGCUUGUACAGACUGUGCAAAAGAUUACUACAUGGAAGACUGGAGGUGUGUGUUAAGUUGCAGUGCUGGAUACUAUUUGGAGCAAAGCUCAGAAAAUAGAGAGAAACCGAAUACUUGCAGAAAGUGUGAUGCAAGCUGCUUGACCUGCACUGGACCAGGGGAGAAAAACUGUACAAGCUGUAUCAGCGGAUACAACUUAGAAUCAGGAGUCUGUGUAGUCGGAACUAUUUGUAAAGAUGCAACGGAAGAAACAUGGGCGGAAGGAAGCUUCUGUGUGUUAGUGAAAAAGAACAAUCUUUGCCAGAGAAAAGUGCUCCAGCAGCUGUGCUGUAGAACAUGUUCACUAAAAGGGUGAAUGGACUUCCACAGGGUUUUUUUUGUUUGUUUUUUUUUUGCUUCUGUAUGCAUUUAUAUUGAUAAUUUAUAUGAGAAGCUGCCUCCCUCCUUAUUCUCUGGAGGUAGCGAACUCUUUGACAGAACAAUUACAACAAACCUACCUUUUCUUUACUGGGACGUGUUUUCAGGGUUUAGCAUCCGGAAUCCAUGUCUGUAUUUUGUGACCAAAGCAUCAAUGCCAAAUUAAUUUUAUUUUUUAAUAUAUGGUUUGAUCUUCACAGAUUAUUUGGGAGACCUACCUUUUAUCAAAGAUCAAUCUUGUUUUAUUUUGCAGUGUUCAUUUUCUUUUUGUUAUCAAGAGUAUGGCACAAGUUUACAAAACAGGCAGUGUAAUGCAUCCAGGUAUUAUGUUAAUAAAUCAAGAUUAUAAAUGUUUAAA